UUUCAAGUGGAAUUCCGCUGGGUAGCUGGACACGAAGGGAUCGAGGGAAAUGAAAUGGCUGAUGUGGCCGCCAAAGAAGCGGCCGGGGGUCGCUCAAGCCCAGUUAAGUCUCUACCCAAACUCCUGAGAGACUUUAAAGGCAGCCCUCCCAUAGGAAUAUCUGCGACGCGCCAGAUCCUGCUCCAGAAGGUUAUGAGGAAAUGGAACACACUAUGGAAGGCCUCCCCGCGAUACGCCAAGCUCUCUCGCAUUGACCCCAAGCUCCCA